ACAAGCAAUUUUAUAUUCCUUCUCUUUGAAAUUAAUAAAUGUAAAAAUUCAACGUUAUCUAUAUACAUUUUUUUUUAAAUUAAAAUGAAUCAAUAUAAAUCUUUAUUUAAAAUUAAUGGAAUUCCUAUAUUACCGCCUUUGAUGACCGCCGAAAAAUAUGAAGAGUGUAGAAAAUACAAAUUAGAGGCUAGUAACUUAGAAAAAAGGCGAAAAAUGGAUUCCUUGUCAAAUUUUUCUGCAAGUGGUUGUGAUGAGCAAGAGUUGUCUGAUGAAGAGACUGAAACACUAGGUGGCAGUGUUCAGUCAAGUUUAGGAAAAUCAGAAACUCUUAUUUAUGAUGUUAUAAGCAAUACUGUUAUGAUACCAAAUGAAAAAUUUAAUAUUUCAGAAAAUAAAGCUCCUAAGGUUUUAAAAACUGACGCAGUUACUCUUUUGCCACAUGUGGAAAAUGAAGAAAAAUAUUGCUGGAAUGACAUUCCGUCCAUUAUCGUUAAUUCACCAAAGCACGUUGCACAAAAAUUAUGUUCAGUAAAUAUAGAAAAUGAAAAAUUCGAAGAAAACUCGAAUACUAAAUCAACCGCACAAUUUUGUGACAAGAUACCACCUUUAAUUAGAUCGGAUUCAUUUACAUUGGAAGUACCUAGCCUUGCACUUGUAAAUCAGCUGCUGAAACAGGACAAUUCAUUAAAAAAAAAUGAUGAUUUAACGCAGCAACCAAAAAUUCAAAGUAAGAUAAAAAAGUCAAAUGAACGAAUUUAUUUAAUGGAUAAUCGACGUAAGAAGAGUCCUUAUGAUUCAAAACUAAUAGUAAAAUCUAAGAAUCUCAAGAAACAUCAUAAGAAUUUAUCAUUGAAACCAAAAGCAAUUAUUGACAAAAAGGCCAAUUCCCCAUACGACGAGACAAACGAUCUGAAAGCCCGAUAUAUCAGAAAAUUGUUAGAUAGUUUUGAAGAGGAGCGGAAAGCUAAGUUGAAAAAACUAUUUGAAAAACAAAGAAAUGAACAAGAAAAAGUAGAAGAAAUAUUUGAAAAUCAGGAAAAAAUGCUUUUGCAAUUAUUUAAAAAUUUUGUCAAUAUCAAAGAUGUAAGCUUAUAAUGAAUUCAAUAUGUAGAAAAGGAUGAUAUGAAAUCUAUGAAUCAGAAUUAAAAAAUAAAUGUGCCUUUGAAAAUCAA